AUGGCCGAGAAAGAGACCCCAAACCCGAUGGCUGGGCUACCUGAACCCCCAGCCGUCUCCGUCAAGACCCUCGCCGUCACGGGCAUCAUGGUCGAUGUCUAUGGGCUGGAGGAGCUCCCAUCAAGCCUCACGCAUGUCUCCGUCCUCUGGUUGCACAACCCUCGUCUUGGGACCAAGGCAAGAAUGGCUCCCAUGGCGCAGCGCGCAGUCGGCGAGUACAAUGCCACAAGAGCGGCUACGAGCACACGAGGCCUGAUUGCUGCUGCUUUCGACCAACGCAACCACGGCACGCGCGAGGUUCACCCCCUAGCCAACCAAUCCUGGAACAAGGGCAACCCCUUCCACGCCCAAGACAUGUUCGGCAUCGUCUCGGGCACAGUAGUCGACACCCGCCUCCUCAUCGACGCCCUGCCAGGCUACCUCUUCCUCGAGCCCAGCCCGUCCCCGCCGCCCGCCCUCGACCAGCACAUCUGCCUGGGCGUCUCGCUCGGCGGCCACUCGACCUGGCAGGCCCUCUUCGCCGAGCCCCGCAUCACCGCCGGCGUCAGCAUCAUCGGCUGCCCGGACUUCCAGCUCCUCAUGCAGGACCGCGCCCGCCUCUCCAAGCUGGCCACCUACGACAGGUCGGCCGCCGGCGCCGGCUUCCUCGGCAGCAGCGACUUCCCCCAGGGGCUUGUCGCGCAGUGCGCUCGGUACGACCCCAAGGGGAUCCUCUUUGGUGCUGAUGGAGUCGUUGAGUCGCCGUCUGAAGAGCAGCAGGCCCGGCUUAGGCCUAUCCUUGAUGCGCACGUCAAGGGGAAGAGGCUGCUCAUGUGCACCGGCGGGGACGACAAGCUUGUCCCGUGGCGGUGCUCCGAGUCUUUUACUAAGUUCUUCACCGGCGCCGCGGACGGGUGGUACAAGGACUCGGGCCUGGUCGCGGACAAUCGGGUGUACCCGGGCAGGGGUCACGAGUGUAGUCCUGAGAUGGUGGUGGACGCCGUGCGGUUUGUGUGCGAGGUGGUGCAGAGUGCGGGUGCUGGGGGUCCAGCUGUGUCGAGGAUCUAG